CCGGAGCCGCCUCAGCCCGAGUCUGUCCGGAAAGUGCCGAAGGUCCGUUGGGGUCUCGCGCAGUCCCCGCCGGAAGGGGCAGCGCGCUUGCGCAGAGGAGAGUAACUGCCGGUUGGUGGCUGCUGCUCCGCAGUGGGGAGCGCGCCGGGUAGGGACUGGGAGCCGGUGUCGGCAGCCGAGACCGCUGCAGCGACAGGCCCGCGGGGAGCGGAAGGCACCGGGCGCAGUCAUGUCUGUGGUCGGCAUCGACUUGGGCUUCCUCAACUGCUACGUCGCGGUGGCGCGGAGCGGCGGCAUCGAGACCAUCGCCAAUGAGUACAGCGACCGCUGCACCCCAGCUUGUAUAUCUCUAGGAUCCAAAACCCGGGCCAUAGGAAAUGCAGCAAAAAGCCAGAUUGUCACAAAUGUAAAGAAUACAUUACAUGGCUUCAAAAAAAUGCAUGGAAGAGCAUUUGAUGAUCCUUACAUACAAAGUGAAAGAGUCAAACUUCCCUAUGAGCUUCAAAAGAUGCCAAAUGGGAGUGUAGGGCUGAAGGUGCGAUACCUAGAUGAAGAGAGACCAUUUGCAAUUGAACAGGUUACAGGAAUGCUUUUAGCCAAGCUUAAAGAGACUUCAGAAAGCGCACUAAAAAAACCAGUGGCAGACUGUGUGAUUUCAGUCCCUAGUUUCUUCACUGAUGCUGAGAGAAGAUCUGUAAUGGCAGCUGCACAGGUUGCAGGUUUAAACUGUCUGAGACUGAUGAAUGAAACUACAGCAGUUGCACUAGCUUAUGGAAUUUAUAAGCAAGACCUACCAGCCUUGGAGGAGAAACCAAGAAAUAUAGUCUUUGUAGAUAUGGGACAUUCUGCAUACCAAGUUUCAGUUUGUGCUUUUAACAAAGGAAAACUGAAGAUCUUGGCUACUGCUUUUGACCCUUUUUUGGGUGGCAGAAACUUUGACGAGGCUUUAGUAGAUUACUUCUGUGGGGAAUUCAGGACAAAAUAUAAACUGAACGUGAAAGAGAAUGCUCGGGCACUGCUGCGCUUGUAUCAGGAAAGUGAAAAACUGAAGAAACUUAUGAGUGCAAAUGCUUCUGACCUCCCACUCAACAUUGAGUGCUUCAUGGAUGACCUUGAUGUCUCCAGUAAGAUGAACAGAGCUCAAUUUGAACAGUUAUGUGGUCCUCUCCUAGCUAAAGUGGAGCCUCCUCUAAGAACAGUAAUGGAUCAAGCUAAACUACAGCGUGAAGACAUAAGCAGUAUAGAAAUUGUAGGUGGAGCCACUAGAAUCCCAGCAGUGAAGGAACAAAUAUCUAGGUUCUUCGGUAAAGAUAUAAGCACUACACUGAAUGCAGAUGAAGCUGUUGCAAGAGGUUGCGCAUUACAGUGUGCAAUUCUCUCCCCAGCAUUUAAAGUGCGUGAGUUUUCGAUCACCGAUGUUGUUCCUUAUUCAAUAACUCUAAGAUGGAAGUCCUCUUAUGAGGAAGGAACUGGGGAAUGUGAAGUUUUCAGUAAGAACCAUGCUGCUCCAUUUUCAAAAGUUAUUACUUUCCACAAGAAGGAACCUUUUGAUCUGGAAGCAUAUUAUACCCAUCCAAAUGAAAUACCUUAUCCUGAACCCAGAAUAGGGCGUUUCGCUAUUCAGAAUGUUGGUCCUCAGUAUGAUGGUGACAAUUCCAAAGUGAAGGUUAAAGUACGUGUCAAUGUACAUGGAAUCUUCAGUGUGGCUAAUGCAUCAGUAAUAGAGAAGCAAAAUGUGGAAGGAGAUCACAGUGAUGUACCUAUGGACACAGACUCAUCAUGUAAGAAUCAAGGAAAAGAUGAUGAGCUGCAAUUCUCUUUCAUAAUUGAGGAUGAUACCCUUGACUCUGAGGAUAAGGAUAAAAUGCAGGUUGACCAAGAGGAAGGCAAUCACAAAAGCCAGGCAGAACAGCCAAGCCAAGCAGAUGAGGAAAGUGAACAACAUGGAGGAACUGAAACAAAGACUGCUUCAGGAGACAAGCCAGAUCAUCUGGCCCAGCCUGUUAAAGCUAAAGCAAAGAUCAAAAGUAUUGAACUACCUAUCCAGGCUAGUCUGUAUAAACAGUUGGGGCAGGACCUUAUCAAUAGCUACAUAGAAAAUGAGGGGAAGAUGAUGAUGCAAGACAAGCUAGAGAAAGAAAGAAAUGAUGCUAAGAAUGCUGUUGAAGAGUAUGUGUAUGAUUUCAGAGACAAGCUGUGUGGUGUCUUUGAAAAAUUUGUCACCGAGGAAGAGUCCAGUAAACUGACCUUAAUGUUGGAAGAUACAGAAAACUGGCUUUAUGAAGAUGGGGAGGACCAACCAAAACAAGUAUAUAUGGAUAAACUUCAGGAAUUAAGAAAAUUUGGUCAGCCUAUUCAGGAAAGGUUCAUGGAACAUGAAGAGAGACCAAAAGCUUUAAAUGACCUGGGAAAGAAGGUCCAGCUUCUAAUGAAAGCAGUAGAAGCAUUCAAAAAUAAGGAUGAAAAAUAUGAUCAUCUUGAUCCUGCUGAGAUGGAGAAAGUUGAAAAGUGUAUCAGUGAAGCCAUGAAUUGGUUGAACACCAAAAUGAAUGCCCAGAAUAAACUAAGUCUGACUCAGGAUCCAGUUGUGAAGGUGGCAGAAAUACUAGCAAAAUCUAAGGAAUUGGAUAGUUUCUGUAACCCUGUUAUUUACAAGCCUAAGCCAAGGAUGGAGCCCCCGAGUGAAGCUCAGACAAAAGCCAAUGGUGAACACAAUGGACCAGUAACUGGACAGAGUGGUGCUGAAACAAAACCAGAUCCAGCAAAGGACAAUUCUCAGCAGACCAAACCAUCUGGAGAAAUGGAAGUGGACUAAAUUUUUACGUAUUUCUUUCACUUAAUUAAAAUAGUGCAAGUAACUACAGGGUCCAUUCUUCUUUUAUGUCUGGCACUACUACAGAUGUUCAGUUAUUCUUAGCCAACUUUCUGUCCUUUGUUCUUUGCAGUAGUUUUGAAUGUGUUUUAUAUUGAGUGCCCUCCAAUGU